CGACUGUAUGGGAGGAAAUUCAGCAGAGAAGAUCAUGUGCUCUUCAUCAAACUGUUGUAUGAGUUGGUGACAAUUCCCAAACUGGAAAUCAGCAUGAUGCAAGGGUUUGCACGGCUGCUCAUAAACCUCUUAAAGAAAAAAGAACUACUUUCCAGGGAUGAUUUAGAGUUACCAUGGAGACCACUGUAUGAAAUGUUGGAAAGGGUAUUGUACUCCAAAACAGAACAUCUGGGAUUAAAUUGGUUUCCAAAUUCUGUAGAAAGUGUUCUGAAAACACUUGUGAAGAGCUGCAGACCGUAUUUUCCAGAAGAUGCCACUGAGGAGAUGCUGGAUGAAUGGAGGCCUUUAAUGUGUCCCUUUGAUGUGACCAUGCAGAAGGCUAUUACCUACUUUGAGCUCUUCCUGCCUACUACCCUUCCCCCUGAACUUCACCACAAAGGUUUCAAGCUUUGGUUUGAUGAAUUUAUAGGCCUUUGGGUGUCAGUUCAAAAUCUUCCCCAAUGGGAAGGGCAUCUAGUGAAUCUUUUUGCUCGCCUGGCCACUGACAACAUCGGGUACAUAGACUGGGAUCCAUAUGUACCAAAGAUUUUUACUAGGAUUCUGAGGAGUUUAAAUCUUCCAGUGGGAAGCAAUCAGGUGGUUGUUCCAAGAUUCUUAACAAAUGCUUACGAUGUAGGACAUGCAGUCAUGUGGAUCACAGCCAUGAUGGGUGGACCAAGUAAACUAGUGCAGAAGCACUUGUCUGGCUUGUUCAACAGCAUUGCCUCUUUUUACCAUCCUUCAAACAACGGGCGCUGGCUGAACAAACUGAUGAAGCUGCUGCAGAGGUUACCUAGUAGUGUUGUCCGAAGGCUGCACCGAGAGCGCUACAAGAAAGUGACCUGGUUAACUCCUGUGCCUGAGAGUCACAAACUUACUGAUCAGGAUGUGACAGACUUUGUACAGUGCAUCAUCCAACCUGUUCUUCUGGCUAUGUUCAGUAAAACUGGAAGCCUGGAGGCUGCUCAAGCCCUGCAGAACCUUGCACUGAUGCGUCCUGAGUUAGUGAUUCCACCUGUACUCGAGAAAACAUAUCCUGCACUUGAGACACUGACAGAACCUCAUCAGCUCACAGCUACCUUGAGCUGUGUCAUUGGAGUAGCUCGUAGCCUGGUGUCUGGGGGGAAGUGGUUUCCUGAAGGUCCAACUCAUAUGCUACCUCUGCUGAUGAGAGCCUUGCCUGGUGUGGAUCCCAAUGACUUCAGCAAGUGUAUGAUUACAUUCCAGUUCAUUGCAACAUUUUCUACUUUGGUGCCUUUAGUAGAUUGUUCAUCUGUAUUGCAAGAAAGAGAUGAUCUUUCAGAGGUGGAAAGAGAGCUGUGCUCUGCAACCGCUGAAUUUGAGGAUUUUGUGCUGCAGUUUAUGGACAGAUGUUUUGGACUUAUAGAGAGCAGCACACUAGAACAAACCAGAGAGGAGACUGAAACUGAGAAAAUGACUCAUCUGGAGAGUCUAGUGGAAUUAGGUCUCUCUUCUACUUUCAGUACAAUCCUUACUCAGUGUUCAAAGGACAUCUUUAAGGUUGCCUUGGAGAAGGUUUUUAACUUUGCAGUCUCAAAUAUAUUUGAGACGAGAGUUGCUGGUCGGAUGGUUGCUGACAUGUGCCGAGCUGCAGUGAAGUGCCGUCCUGAGGAGUCUUUGAAGCUGUUUGUACCACAUUGCUGCAACGUUAUAACUCACCUCACAGUUAAUGAUGAUGUGUUACGUGAUGAAGAACUUGAUAAGGAGCUGCUUUGGAAUCUUCAACUGUUGUCAGAGAUCACUCGAGUGGAUGGAAAGCAGCUGCUAGUGUACAGGGAGCAGUUUGGGAAGAUACUGCAGCGAACCCUCCAUCUAACCUGUAAGCAGGGUUACAUUCUGUCUUGUAACCUACUGCACCACCUUCUUCGUUCUGCUACACUUAUCUACCCCACAGAGUACUGCAGUGUGCCAGGUGGCUUUGACAAGCCUCUUUCUGAAUACUUUCCUAUCAAGGACUGGGGUAAACCAGGGGACCUGUGGAACUUGGACAUCCAGUGGCAUGUUCCUUCAGCCGAGGAAAUAAACUUUGCUUUUUAUUUGCUGGAUACUUUCCUUCAGCCUGAGCUCAGCAAACUGGAGCACUAUGCACUUGGAGAACUAGAGAUGUCCAGAGAUGAUGUGCAGCAGUGUCUUGCUAUUGUGCAUAACUGCCUGAUUGGUUCUGGGAACAUUCUGCCUCCUCUGAAAGGAGAAAGAGUGGCUCAUCUGGUCCCAAGUCUGGUGUCUUUGGAAGAGACAAAACUCUACACUGGGGUUGAAUAUGAUUUUUCAAGAGAGAAUUAUAGAGAAACAAUUGCAAGGGUUACGAGGAAAUUGCUAUGUUACAUUCUUGAUAAUUCAGAAGAUGACACCAAGUCUUUAUUUCUAAUAAUAAAGAUUAUCAGUGAUGUUUUGCAGUUUCAAGGUUCUCACAAGCAUGAGUUUGACUCACGCUGGAAAAGCUUUAAUUUAGUGAAAAAGUCAAUGGAGAACAGGCUUCAAGGAAAGAAACAGCAUAUCAGAGCCUUGCUGAUCGACAGGGUCAUGUUGCAGCAUGAGCUGAGAACACUAACCAUGGAAGGCUGUGAAUAUAAAACUUCCCACCAGGAGCUGAUCAGAGAUCUUUUGUGCUUGUCCACGAGUUCAUAUGGUCAGGUCAGAAGCAAAGCCCAGCAAGCAUUCUUCACAGCUCUGGGAACAUACAACUUCUGUUGCAGAGAUAUCAUCCCCUUAGUGUUGGAGUUCUUGCGUCCUGACCGGCAAGAUGUCACUCAGAAGCAAUUUAAAGGUGCCUUAUAUUGUCUUCUUGGAAAUCACAGUGGAGUGUGUUUGGCAAAUCUUCAUGAUUGGGAUUGCAUUGCACAGACAUGGCCAGCAAUCGUCUCCUCUGGGCUUAGCAAAGCCAUGUCAUUGGAAAAACCAUCCAUAGUUAGACUCUUUGAUGACCUGGCAGAAAAAAUCCAUAGGCAAUAUGAAACAAUUGGAUUGGAUUUUGCAGUUCCAGAAAAAUGCAUGGAGGUAGCUGUUAUGCUGCAAAAGUCAGGACAUCCAAGUUCAGACUUCCCAGGUCUUGUUUCAGAGGAAAUUCAGUUGGGAAUUCAGCGACAGAAGGAGAAAAAUGCUGAGGCUCUGCGAAACUAUGAAAAUUUGGUUAACAUGCUGCUGGACUGUGUGGAACAAAGAAACCUGCCCUGGAAGUUUGAGCACAUAAGCAUUGGCUUUCUGUCUCUGCUCCUGAGGGAUGACAGGAUACUGCCUGUCCGUGCCAUCAAAUUCUUUGUGCAGUGUCUCAACCAUGAUGCAAUUGUAGUUCGAAAGGUGGCCAUCUCUGCUGUGGCUGGGAUUCUGAAGCAGCUUAAGAGAACACACAAGAAAGUGCCCAUCUGCCCUUAUGAAAUAAGUGGAAGCCCAAAGCCUUCCAGCAUCCAGGCUGGUGACAGACCGGAUAACCAGUGGCUGCACUACAACAGUCAGAGCUUACCAAAGACUAAGGAAGCUUGGGAAUCCUGUUGUUUUGUGGAGAAAACACACUGGGGAUAUUACACUUGGCCUAAAACUAUGACCGUUUAUGCUCCAGUUGAGCAUCAACCAAAGCUUGGGAGAAGGAGAGGUGAGCUGACAGAGGCAGAACAAAUUAUAUAUGAUCACUUUUCUGAUCCCAAGUUUGUGGAGCAGUUAAUCAAAUUUUUGUCUUUAGAAGACAGAAAAGGAAAGGACAAAUUCAAUCCUCGCAGAUUUUGCCUCUUCAAGGGCCUUUUCAGAAACUUUGAUGAUGCCUUCUUGCCUGUUCUUCAGCCCCACUUAGAGCAACUGGUUGCAGACUCCCAUGAGAGCACCCAGAGAUGUGUAGCUGAAAUUAUAGCUGGCUUAAUAAGAGGUUCUAAACACUGGACCUUUGAGAAGGUGGAAAAACUUUGGAAGCUUCUCUGUCCAUUGCUUCGAACAGCUUUAUCCAACAUCACAGUGGAAACAUAUAAUGACUGGGGCACAUGCAUAGCAACCUCCUGUGAGAGCAGAGAUCCUAGGAAACUGCACUGGUUGUUUGAAUUGCUGUUGGAAUCUCCAUUGAGUGGUGAAGGAGGAUCAUUUGUAGAUGCCUGCCGACUUUAUGUGCUGCAAGGUGGCCUUGCCCAGCAGUAAUGGAGAGUGCCAGAGCUGCUGCACAGAUUGCUCAAGUACCUGGAACCCAAACUCACACAGGUUUACAAGAACGUCCGAGAGAGAAUAGGAAGUGUGUUGACCUACAUAUUCAUGAUAGAUGUUUCCUUGCCAAACACUGCCGCAACGAAAUCUCCUCGUGUCCAUGAAUUUACUACCCGCAUACUUGAACAUCUUAAACCCCUCAUGGAAGCAGAUGAAGAAAUUCAGAAUCAUGUUAUGGAAGAGAAUGGAGUUGGUGAACAAGAUGAGAGAACUCAGGGCAUUAAACUCUUGAAAACUAUUCUGAAGUGGCUGAUGGCAAGUGCAGGACGGUCUUUCUCUACAGCUGUCACAGAGCAACUCGAACUGUUACCUUUAUUUUUCAAG